UGCUUUGCAGAGACUGCUGGAAAAAAGCGUAGAAGAAGAAGUCCGUUUGUAGCGGCAAUGAAAAGACAGCGUGCCAUUUCCAAUUUGAGCAAAACAUAAGGAAAGAUUACUUUAGCGAUAAUAACUAUCGAGGCACAGUACUAGCAUAAUUCCAUUGUUAGAAGAGACCACAAGGACUCUGUUGGAAAGAUGUCUUUGGUUUGUGCAAUCUCCAACGAGGUGCCGGAGCACCCGUGCGUCUCCCCGGUGUCCAGCCAGGUGUUUGAGCGGAGGCUGAUCGAGAAGUACAUCGCAGAGAAUGGGACCGACCCGAUGAACGGACAGCCCCUGUCGGAGGAGCAGCUCGUAGAUAUCAAAGUGUCCCAUCCUAUUAGACCAAAGGCUCCAUCGGCAACCAGCAUUCCUGCCAUUCUCAAGUCCCUUCAAGAUGAGUGGGAUGCGGUUAUGCUUCACAGCUUCACCCUACGGCAACAGCUGCAGACCACUCGCCAAGAACUGUCCCAUGCGCUUUACCAACAUGAUGCCGCCUGCAGAGUCAUCGCUCGACUCACCAAAGAGGUCACUGCUGCGAGAGAAGCUCUUGCCACACUCAAACCCCAGGCUGGAUUGGUUGCCCCUCAGGCAGUCCCCGCCUCCCAGCCAGCUGCAGUGGGUGCUGGCGGAGAGCCCAUGGAGAUUAGUGAACAGGUGGGGAUGACCCCGGAGAUCAUCCAAAAGCUUCAAGACAAAGCUACUAUCCUCACCACAGAAAGAAAGAAGAGAGGAAAAACUGUCCCAGAGGAGCUCGUUAGAUCUGAGGAUCUCAGCAAAUACCGCCAAGUGGCCUCUCACGCUGGUCUUCAUAGUGCCAGUGUCCCUGGUAUUCUGGCUCUGGAUCUGUGUCCCUCAGACACCAACAAAGUUCUCACCGGUGGAGCUGAUAAGAACGUGGUGGUGUUUGACAAGAGCGAAGAACAGAUUGUGGCAACACUCAAGGGUCACACCAAGAAGGUUACCUCUGUCAUCUACCAUCCAUCCCAGUCGGUGGUUUUCUCUGCAUCUCCAGACAGCACCAUCCGUGUGUGGUCCGUCGCCGGAGGAAACUGUGUCCAGGUGGUGCGUGCCCACGAGGGAGGCGUCACCGGACUCUCCCUACAUGCUACUGGAGACUACCUGCUCAGCUCCUCUGAGGAUCAGUACUGGGCCUUUUCUGAUAUCGAGACCGGUCGAGUCCUCACCAAAGUUACUGAUGAAAGUGCUGGCUGUGCUCUCACCUGUGCCCAGUUCCACCCUGAUGGUCUCAUCUUUGGCACUGGGACGGCUGAUUCCCAAAUCAAGAUCUGGGAUCUGAAAGAGCGCACCAACGUGGCCAACUUCCCCGGCCACUCUGGCCCCGUCACCUCCAUUGCUUUCUCUGAGAACGGAUACUAUCUGGCUACAGGGGCCCAGGAUAGCUCCCUGAAACUGUGGGAUCUGAGGAAACUGAAGAACUUCAAGACCAUCACUCUGGACAACAACUAUGAGGUGAAAUCCCUCGUGUUUGACCAGAGCGGAACCUACCUGGCUGUUGGAGGGUCUGACAUCCGUGUCUACAUCUGCAAACAGUGGUCCGAGGUCCUCAACUUCACAAACCAUACAGGAUUGGUGACUGGAGUGGCCUUUGGAGAGAACGCUCAGUUCCUGACCUCUGCAGGAAUGGACAGAAGUCUCAAAUUUUACAGUUUGUAGAAAAUGAUAAAUUCAGGAUGGAGAGGACAACUUAUUGGUCCCUUGGUCUCAACGGUCACUAUUCUGGACACAGACCUGUAAUUCUUAGAAGAAGAGAGAGAAAAAAAAAAAUCACUGCUAACUUUGCUUCCUUAGUGUGUUAGUCCUCGUGUCCAGGAAUGACACCACAUGAAAUUGUCUGCUCUAUGAAACCACAGCAGCAUGGUUAGGAUGACAUGUCUGUUGGCAUUGUAAGUCUGACAUGUAAAUGAUGUGAAAUGAGAUGCAAAGCCAGUAAAAUGUUCUUGUCUGAUUUGCCACCAAUUAUGACUUUACUGUAGUGUUUUCUUUUGUGUGUAUGUGGAGGGGGGGGGGGGGGGGGGGCGUCUAAAGUUGCUUGUAAUACAACUCCCAAAGUGUCGUGGUACACUGUUGGGGACAAUAAUUGGUGUGACAACAACCUGGUUCCCUUAUUAAUGUAGACGUUCUUCAUUGAAGUAUCUUUAGGGUAAAAUGAAAAAAUACAACAAAGCGGAAAAUGAGCAGGUGUGAGAUUCAUGUUCCUCUGAAAUAUUUAGUCUUGUUUAACCUCCCUUCAGUUUCAUUUCCCGUUUCAUUUGUUCCUUUUAAACUUUUGUCGUUUUCCAAUUGUAUAUUUUUCAUUACUUGCUAUUUUACCUGUUGCAACUCUGCCCUUUUACAAUAAAAUAAAAUAUCUUUUGUAUUGCCAUUCAUCUGUGUGUCGGAUCAAGACGAAGGGCACUGUUGGAUCCUCGACAUGCAUCUGAAUAAAUUCACUUUGCCUUCAUUUACA